AUGGGCAACUCAGGCAUGAAAAACCAGGAAAAGCAUCCGUGCCAACACCCAGGCUGUAGCAAAAGCUUCACGCGCGCAGAGCACCUGCGUCGCCAUGCGCUCAACCACGAGCAGGCGCGCAAUGGGUAUACCUGCGAGCGUUGCUCUGUUCACUUUCAACGCUCAGAUUUGCUAGCGCGCCAUGUGGAACGACACCAGAAACGGGAUCUCGAAGCUGGAGGGCCUGGGCAGGGGACACUCAAGACUCGAAAGAGAACCCGCAGAGCCGAGGACGGUUCGAUUGUUGUUCGUCCUUCGCAGCGACAACUGAGGACUGCGGCUGCAGCUCGAUCCCCGAUCUCGGCAAAUAGUACUAGUCAGGAGCCAGAACUGCGAGAUGAGGUAGAGUAUUUUAAUGAUAAUGUUCCCUUGUCACCACCUGGCUCGGGCACUGAUCCAACGUCGAUCUCUAUGGAUGACACAGACCCGUUUCUGGCUUCGUUGGUGCCAGCUGGGCCUUUUGAGCAGUAUGUUGAGCCAGUGCCUGGACAGUUCGAUGCAGCAGAUGGUUCUUUUGGUGUUGAGUUGGAUGGGAUUGGGGAUUAUUUUGGAAUGGACACCGGUAUGGGUGACUCCAGCUCGUUGGUCAUGUUUCGUACGCUAAUCUCAGCAGCAACCGACUUCAACCUCCCAUUUGCCGCGACGUCUAAUUAUAAUUGGCUGUUCGAUGUUUCCUCUCUCGACGACGCUUUCCAUCAAUUCAACCUCCCCCUCGGUUUCGACACGGCGCCCAUUUUGGAACAAUUCGACUCGAAUUCCGCCGAAGGACCGGAGAAAUACGAUGGCCAAUCGGCCUUACUCAUGGCGUCAAUCAUGGACAGAGGCGAAACAUUCGGAGAGACCGCCUCACCUGCAGUACCCAGUCUCCCAGACCUGGACUGGAUGUCUGGUGCGGCGACGCUGGACCCUAACCCUCCAAUGAAUCUACCGACAAUAUCUGAAGAAGACCGAAAGGGGAUUCUAGCACUCGUUGCACAGGCACAUCCAACAAGCAUGGAUGGAAAUCCCAUGGUACUCGACUCGCCACUCCUGACACUCCCCGCGCUCCAGGCAUAUUGUGACAUGUUCUUCGAUCGGUUCAACACGACAUACCCUCUGAUUCACCAGCAUACGUUUGACCCAAGCACCGCGCCACCAGUAUUCCUCGCUUCGAUUAUCUUCAUGGGCGCGACAUAUGGUACGCGUGAGGCUCAUCAAUUAGCAGUGGAGGUCCACGAUGUUCUACGAAGCCAGCUACUCUGUCAUCCAGAUUUCUCACCUCAGGCUGACCUGUGGGUCCUACAAACCAUGCUUCUGAUAGACUGUUUCGGGAAGAUGCGAGCUGGUCCCAAACAGCGCGAGCGGGCACAGUUGUUCCACUGUGUGCUGAUCAAAAUGAUCAGGCGCAGCAACUGCUGUGGGAUACGCGACCUGUCCAACGUCAAUCAGUCAGGGGAUUUGGAUCAAAUGUGGCGACAGGCUAUGGAAGAAGAACAGCGUAAGAGAGUGGCUAUACACUGCUUCAUGUGGGAUACACAGCACGCAGUGUUAUUCUCGCAGUCGCUCUGUAUGUCUGCGUUCGAGAUCAGAUCUUCAUUACCGUGUGGUCCUGCAGUCUGGGACGCCUCCUCUGCUCGGGAGUGGUCGCAGCACGCCUUUCGUGAAGAGAACAGGCAAUUCCUGACUGUUUUGAAAGGAUAUAUCACACCGGCGGCUGUCGCCCGACCUCGAGAUCUGAAUGUUUUCGCUCGAAUUGUCGUUCUACAUGGGUUGAUGUCUGUAUCUGCGGACCUGAAACGUCGCGAUCAGACAACCCUACGGUCGGAGACACCCGAGCGUGUCGGGGCUUGGACGCCGCGCAUGGGUCGGUCCUAUGACCUGUGGAAAGUCGACUUCGAUGCCGAUUGCCUGGCGAUUAAACUUGCUCAGACUGCCAGUCCUCGGCAGUUCACGGGGCUCAAGAUCUCCGGGUAUGCCCUUUACCAUGCAGCGUAUCUCGCGUUGAAUGUCGAGGUCCUCGAUUUGCAAAUUGUCGCUGGCGCGUGUCAGAUCCUGGGUCGGACAGUUACCGAGGCCGAUCAGGCACGGUCGCUGCGGAAUAUUACAAGAUGGCUACAGGAGGAAUCCGGACCAUCCUGCAGUACUGCACGCCAAGCGGCAUCAUUACUUCAGGAUGCGGUGUUGAGUCUUCAUGACUGGGACCAGGCUGAUUCCUUCCACUUCCCCUGCUUACCGGAGCUAGCGGUUUUAUCUGGCAAAUAUUGUCCUCGCCCUCUAGCAGGAGCUAUGGCUAAACAACUAGCGACUGUCCGGUGGGCUGUUGUUCACGAUGCUAUGAAAGUUUUGAUGAGAUUGUCAUGA